CUCGCUAGAUGCGUUGACGUGUGAUAGCGCUGCCACGUCCGGGUCAGAGGGCGCUCGGGAACAAUUGAGGGGAAGAAUAAUGUCAAAGGUCACAUUUAAAAUCACGUUGACAUCGGAUCCAAAGUUGCCUUACAAAGUAUUGAGUGUGCCUGAAGUCACACCUUUCACAGCUGUUUUGAAGUUUGCAGCAGAAGAGUUUAAAGUAUCUGCAGCAAGCAGUGCAAUCAUAACAAAUGAUGGAAUAGGCAUCAACCCUGCUCAAACUGCAGGAAAUAUUUUUCUGAAGCAUGGAUCAGAAUUGCGACUUAUUCCCAGGGACCGAGUUGGAAGUCUUUAACCAUUUGUCAUCCAGAGAUCUUUUGCCUACAGAAGAAAACGAUAUUUAUUUUCAAAAUUAUUUUUAAGUCCUUUGACCUGUCACUUUUGAUAUGCAUUCCUUUAAGAGAAUCUCCGGUAGGACUUCACUGAAUUAGGUGGUAGCACCUUAAACAGAGAAAAAUCUAAAAUGCAUAUGAUAAACACAUAACAGUGCUGCCUAAAAUGUGUUGUAAUAUAAUUGAGAAAAAGGUUGGACUGAAAAGAAAUCUAAUCCUUAAGUAGGGACUGCUAAUACUUUAAGAAUGUAAACCUGUUAAGUAAAAGUCACACAAGGAAAUUACAAAGUAUUAUACAAAGCUUCUGUAAAAUGCUUGGUAUUAAGUAGCCGAUUGGUAGCUAUCAGUAUGUUUUAACCUUUGUAUCAUUUGUUUUCUGUAUUGAGCAGAUACAAAUUCUGAAAUUCAUUAAAAUAAAAUUGAACUGCAGAAGA